AUGGCCAUCUCCAUCUCGAGCUUCCUUCCCCCAAUUCACGAGACUUCCCUGGAAUUGCGCCGGAAAGUAUGGAGUUUCGCUGUUGAAGCCCGGGUGCUUCGUGUCCACCUCCAUGCCCACGUUGCAUCAUAUUUGCAGGACGAACAAACGGUAGAAGAUGGUAGGAAGAUCUAUAGAGACUAUCCAAGCACAUUCCGAACUCGUAUGAACAUUACCCCCUGCAACGGCACCCAAUGCUUUUGUAUAUUUUUUCGACCAAAGUCUCCUCACACCGUGCCACUACCUGCAGUCCUUUUCGCCCGUCAUGAGAGUAGAGAUGUUGCGAUCCCGAUGUAUUCGAGACGCCUCGAUGGCGAAUAUGACACCCGUGGUGUUGAUGUCUCGGGUCGACCCUGGCAGUUCUUCACAGACCCCCUCGCUGAAACAGGCCUGGUGCUCAAUCCCUUCAUUGAUACAAUACUUGUACGGGCCAACAUCAACAUCCGGUCACGCGUCGAAGAACUGCAUCAUUUCGCUGCUAUUGCAGCUCUGCAGGUACCAGACAUCAGCAAAAUCAUCGUGGACCUCCGGAUUGGUCAAUAUAAGCGUCGGUCUGCCCGCUGCUUCCAGUAUUGGAGGGAUUGGGGGGCGGAUAGCUGGUGGGUUCCGACGAGAUUCUUAGUUCAAAUGCGAGGGUUGAGGGAGGUGAUCUUCUUGAGACCUCCGGACAGGAAGAUGCUACCAGAUGAGUGGGUAAAGAGAACAGAAGACCAAUGGGUCCUGGAAUUCCUAAAAUUUGAGGAGAAAUGGCCUGUUGAAUGGGAGGGACGAAUGCCUUCUCUUAAGUUUAUCCCAGAGUAG